AACAUUGCCUUAAUAUCCUCUCUCUCUCUCUCUCUCUCUCUCUCUCUCUCUCUAAUCCUCUUUAAAUUAAGAAUCAAGCUUGGUUUUAGUUUAAGUGAUGCAAAAAGCUAGGAGUUAGAAGAUACAAAUUAAGUAGGGAAAAACAUGGUUAAAUUGCACCAUUAUCCAUCAUCACUUGUCCUCUUCUUCUUGCUCUCCUCUUCUCAAAUGCCUUGUUGUUGUAGCUCAUCUCAAACAAAACUUCACGAGAUUCGUCAUUUUCAGAGGCUGGACCCUCUAAAUCGCUUCAAGAUCUACAACGGGGGCUAUGACAUCAGAAGCAAGCAUUACUGGGGGUCAGCGGUAUUUACCGGUGUACAUGGAUUCGCAAUGGCGGGGUUUUGGAUGCUAGGAGGCGUAGUACUUCUUGCCACUUCGCCAGUUUGGAAGAAGAGUUUCGUAGGUUCUUUGGUUUCGAAUGCCGAGACCCGUCGAAACUAUUGGCAUCUCUUGCCACUCAUUGCCAUUCUCCUUUUCACCUUGCUCGCCUCAGUGGCGUCAGGAGUAGCUCUCGUUGCCGUGCAUAAGUUCCACAGAAAAGCGAAGAAGCCAGAGAAAGCGCUGUUGGACGCAGCUAGAGCUUCGUGCCACGCCAUACGCAGAGUUCUACGCACCGUGGAGGAGGUCCGAACGCUUCUACAAUCCUACGAUGCAGGAUUUUGUGCACUGCUGGGCGAAGCCGCGCUGAAGCUCAGAGCAGAAUUGGCUGCCAUCCGCAAGACCAUGCGUGAGGCUGGUGCCUUAGUUGAUGCUGUUCUUGGGCUCACGUAUGGUGCAACUUUGGGGAUUGUAUGUCUCACGUUGGUGCUUUUCAUUGCUAAAGUAGGCAAGUGAUGGUAGAAUAUGGUCGCAAGACAUGUAUACGUGCAUAUGAAGUUAGAAUAUUUCUUGAAGUAAAACGAGGUUUGUUUACUUUCGUGAGGUGAUAAGGCAUCAGAACAAUCGGCACCGUUAGACAUAA